UCUUCCUUUCUUUCUUACCUACUUUCUCUUGCUUCGCUCGCUCACACCCGCCUUUCUUCUUGCUUUUGUUCCCCAAACCAUCCUUCUAUCCACUCAUAACAGCUCCACAAUUUGACGCUACUUGAACCCUGUAGUACGUAGUAACAAAUGAAGUGGACAUCAUUGUCGUUCCUGCUGUUCUUGCUCUCGCUGCUGGUACUGCUUCCAGCAGGCACGAUGGCAUUGAUAUACGGUGAGCAAUGUGAUGCGACACCGCUCUACUCCGCGACUUGGCAGUACGACGAUUCAUGUCGAAACGUUUAUCUGUACUGCAACCCAGCGACAAAUACGUGCGACUACAAAGGAUGCAGCAACAGCGACUAUAUCAAAGGAUGGGACGCACGAGUACAUGCUUUUCCUAAACGAUGCCAAAGUGGAAGUUAUUGCCCUGACGAUAGCUCAAAGUGUACGCCAUUGGUUACUCCUGGCGGUCACUGUGAAUUGCAACGUGAUGAUGAAUGUGCAGGUCAGGUCCCGAUUUGUCUCAAUUCAACCUGUUAUGUAAAAGCCAUUCCGCUUGGCGGCAACUGCGUUGAGGAUACAACCGACUAUGUCUCCUACGAUGCACAAGGCUAUGCGCUCCGCCAACGCAUUGUCCGAGACAACUGCAUCCAAGGCACCUUUUGCAGCGAGAAUAACAGAUGCAGUGCCUCCAGUUUGAACGGUGCUGCAUGCUCCCAAGACCGUGAAUGUAUAUCAGAAACAUGCAGUGUUGACGGUGUCUGUGUGAACGGCCCCGAUGUCUUCCGCACGAUUGCAACAUGGCUUUGGGCCGUUUUGGGUCUGGCUGUGAUUUUGUUUAUCUUGCUGAUCCUUGGCAUUCUGUGGGUCCUGCAUCGCUACCAGUCUAAAAAGGAACGUGCCAAGAUCAUCAAGUUUUUCGGCGACAAUGAGGAGUUUGCUAAAUACGCCAUGCUCGAAGAAGAUGACGGCGAAGGUAGCAACCAUCAUCACCACCACCACAGCAUCCAUAAUAACAAUGAUAGCAGUAGUAAUAAUGUAUCAGCGACCUCUACCGCCAAAGAUAGCAGUAAUCGCACCAGUAUGGUGUUUUUAGCGCAUCCAGACUAUCAUGUCUCGUCUGCAUUAGGAACCACCCGACCUUUAUCGUUGUUGCCGGGCAGCAAUAAUUCCGUUUCGAGACUCCGUAACAGCACUCCACCUCCACCGAGAAUGUCGACAGGGAGUCUCACGCCUCCGAUGAGCUGUGGAUCACGUAGCUCGAUGCCUCGUGCGUCAACAUCUGACUUCAACCAGCCCAUACCAACCGGAGCACCCCCUCCUCCAUUGGAUAGCAACAGCAGCAGCAACAACUAAACCCUUAAUAGCAACAAUGAGCCACAACAACGCCUUAGCGAAAUAUGUUGUAGCAUAUUAGUCAUUACCACAAACAACGCUUUCUUGAUUGUUUU